AACGCAGCUCUAACGGUAGCCAUGGCUACGUUCCAAACCGGAAGCUACCGUUGUGGGCAGUGUCGCAAAACUUAGUGACUACUUAGUGGCCUAGUGUGCGUGUGCGGUUUGGGACGCGGCCCGUGGCUUUGUAUUAGAGUAACAGCUUCACCGCAGACGGGAAACGUGGGAGAAAAAAAACAACCUUAUAAUCGGAGACCUGGCAAAUAAAGGCGACGGAUUGGGUGAAAUGGGUUCUGAACCUCCAUCAUCUCCUCAGCUAGUGGAUGAAGGAGUUGAUGAAGACGAUGAAGAGCUGAGUGGAGGAGAGGAAGCCGAGCUGCGGGUGUCGUCAGGACGGGGUUCGGUUCUGACUCGGAGGGGAAUCACACUACGCGUGCUGCUGAAAGACGGCUUGGUGGAGCCGGGAGACGCCGUCCUGUCCAUACACUACCUGGGGAAGAACUUUGUGGGUGACCUGCUGACUGAUGGGAAGAUCCGCUGGGUGGAAACGGGGCAGAUCUUUAACUCCCCCAGCGCAUGGGCCACACACUGUAAGCGUCUGGUGAACCCUGCCAAGAAGUCGGGCUGCGGCUGGGCGUCGGUGCGCUACAGGGGACAGAAACUGGCUCAGUACAAAACCAGCUGGCUGCGUAAAUACCAGCCCAGUGCUGACAUGAGUCUCGCCAGCGAGGGAGAGGACGACGAGAUGGGUGACGACGAAGAGGAGGAAGGGAAAACGACUAUUACUACGGACGACAGAAACAGGAAGUCCAAACCAGAGUUCCACGAUGUCAGUGUGGUGCACAGGAGAGGAGACAGAGAGAGACUUCCUGUCAGAUACUGCACACUGGGAACCAGAGACAUCGGCAGAGAUCCUCACACGCUGGUGGAGCUGUCGGCUUUCUCCGCCAUCAACCGCUUCCAGCCUUUUAACGUCGCCGUCUCCAGCAACGUUCUGCUGCUCAUGGACUUUCACUGUCACUUGACUACGAGUGAGGUGGUGGGCUACCUGGGAGGUCGUUGGGACACUACAACACAGCUGCUGACGGUUUUGCGAGCGUUCCCGUGUCGCACGCGACUGGCCGACCGAGACGCCGCGCCUGCCGUGGAGGAAGAGAUUUGUCAGAACCUGUUCAUGAGAGGGCUCUCACUGGUGGGCUGGUACCACAGUCACCCUCGAGGCCCCGCCCUCCCGUCGCUGCAGGACAUCGAUUCGCAGAUGGACCACCAGCUCCGCCUCCAAGGCAGCAGCAACGGCUUCCAGCCCUGCCUGGGCAUCAUCUGUGGACCGUAUUACCAUGGCAACCAGGGGGUGGCGUCGACUAUCACUCCAUUCUGGGUGGUUCCUCCUCCAGAGCAAAGGCCGAAUGAUUACGGUAUCCCAGUUGCAGUGGAAGUCACAUACGUGCAAGACAACUUCCUCACUACAGACGUCCUCAAUGAGAUGAUGAUGCUGGUGGAGUUUUAUCGAGCCGCUCCAGACCUGGUCAAUUUUAAUCAGAUGUGGUGUUCUGAUACAUCAAUACUGGAGAAAAUGAAGGCGUCCCUCAGUGGCCACGCCCCUAAGGACCAGGCCUACUCUCAAAUCCUGGAGCAUGUCUACAACCAACUGCGCAACAUGCAGUGAUGGGAACGUCCUGUCUGACUUCUCACUGUUGAUCUGUGUGUGGGAUCGAAGAACAUCCCAGUUUGAUCUCACACACACACACACACACACACACACACACACACACACACACACACACACACACACACAUGCAGUAAGGAACUGGCUGCCUUCUUAUCUUUGUACACUCUGUGAACAUGUCUUCCAUUUAUGUAGACAUAAUUGUGUGGAUAGUUUAGAAUAGUUUAUCCAUAUUUAUCCAGAUAGCGCCACACACACACACACACACACACAUGUCUCAACAAUGGCACAUGCAGCUAGUUUCCUAAUUAGGAAAAUUCACCAUAACUUCACCACAAUCAUUACCAUUGCUGUAGUUUACAGCAAAUUUAUAUACCUCAUUUUAUUGCUUAAGACAAGUGGGACAUUUAGUAGGUAACAUUAAUACCUUUCAGAUCCAGUUCCCUAAAAUCGCCACUAGGUAAAUGUGUGUGUUUCUGUUUCGUGCUCUGUUUAAUAAUAAGUAUUUCAUAAAAUGGUCACCAGGAGGGGGCGCCGUUUUAGAUCGCAGUACAAAACACAGUACAAUAUUUUGUAUUUAUGUGUUUAAAGGACUAAUUAAUGCAGAUAAAGAAGCUGGAAUACUGAAUAUGUUUAAAUAUACACUGGAACAUACUUGUGGUCUUA